AUGGGUGUCAAUGAAGGAAAUUCACCGGGACAUCCGUAUGUAUUGGAAAUAUGGCCACCUGGACAUUAUAGUCCAAUACAUGUUCACAGCAACUCAUACGGAAUUAUUCGAGUACUUCACGGGAAAAUCAGUACAAAACUCUAUUCUCAUUUUAAUGUAAAUCAUCAAAUACCAUUUGUGACACAGUUAUUUGAAAAAGAUGAUGUUACAUGGCUAUCUCCUGGAUUAAACCAAAUACAUAAAGUAGCUAAUCCAACGUCAAGUUUAUGUAUAACAAUACAAGCCUAUCAUUAUGGACACGAUGAUCAAGAUCAUUAUGAAUAUUUUGAUUAUAUAACAAAUAAUGGUAAAAACAUUAGCCACUUUGAUCCGAAAAGUGAUAUGGAUUAUGUUCAAUUUAAAAAACUAAUCAAAAAAGAAUGGGUCGCUUAUGGCAAUAGACCAUAA